UUUUGUAAGCUAAAUUAUCUUUGUAUGUGAAUACAGUAUACACUUCUUUCUGAUAAUUUAGCUGAAAAAAAACUCUUAAAACAAGCUCCUUUGUAGGGUCACACUGUUAUUUAGUUUUAUUACUGUCAUCAGCGUUAGAAGUACUCGAAAGCCGAAGCUUCAGCUGAGUACCUGAAUGCAGCACGAGAGCUCCAGCGAUGUAGAGGGAAGGAGAGGAGGAGGAGGGUGGAGGCAGAUCGAGGAGAAGCAUGAAGAGGAUCCCCGGUAUCUAAGCUGACUGACGGGGCGAGCAUCUCGUCUUCCCUCGCUUGAUAGGGCCGACUGGAAGCGGAGGGAGGACAGGAUGGAGGAGAGGAAGCAGUUUCUUUGUGGGGUGGUGGAAGGUUUCUAUGGGAGGCCUUGGUCUAUGGAUCAGAGGAAAGUUCUCUUCCAAUGGAUGCAGCACUGGGGGUUGAACACCUACCUGUAUGGCCCAAAAGAUGACCUGAAACACAGACUGUUGUGGAGAGAAGUCUAUUCUCCUGAAGAGGAGGGUCAGCUGCGUACUCUCAUAGCGGAAGCCCAGUUGAGAGGCCUGAAGUUUGUUUACGCCCUCUCUCCUGGUCAGGACAUCGUCUUCUCUUCUUCCUGUGAUCUGACACUACUCAAGCGCAAGCUGAGACAGGUAUCAGACCUGGGUUGCCAGGCUUUCGCCAUUCUGUUUGAUGACAUCGAUCAUUCCAUGUGUCAGGCCGACAGCGAGGCCUUUUCUUCAUUCGCCCAUGCUCAGGUCACUGUAACCAAUGAGAUGUAUCGGUUCUUGGGGGAACCGCCUGUCUUCCUAUUCUGCCCAACAGAGUACUGUGGUUCUCUGUGUUCUCCCAGUAUAUCAAAGUCUCCCUACCUGCAGACUGUUGGAGAGGACCUGCUGCCCGACAUAACUGUGAUAUGGACAGGCAGUAAGGUCAUCUCUAGGAAACUGUCUGUAGACUGCCUGGCUGAGGUCGAGGCUGUCCUCCAGCGACCCCCACUCAUCUGGGACAACCUGCAUGCUAAUGACUAUGACUCUAGACGUCUCUUCCUGGGGCCUUUUAAGGGCCGAGAGCCUCAGCUGAGGAGACAGCUGAGAGGCCUGUUACUCAACCCCAACUGCGAGUUUGAAGCCAACUACAUCCCUCUCCAUUCGCUGGGAAGCUGGUACAGAGCUGGAGAAGAGGAGAAGAAAGAUGAGGAGUGUGAAUACUGUCCAGAUAGAGCUCUGUCUGCUGCACUACGUGAUUGGAUGGAGGAACUCAACCAACCACUACAAGCAGGUCGGCAGAGCACACGAUCAGACCAACGUUCCUCUGCUCCAACAUCUCUCUGUAAAACACCUGACAGAUCCGACUGCAGAGGAACCUCUGCUGUGGCCAGACUUCCUGUUUUCCCCCUGAACUCCAGCUCACCCCCAUCGUCACCCACUAAGGUCAAGGAAGGGAAGGAGGGACAAGAGGGGGAGAAGAAGAGGUCAAACCAGCCUAAUCAACCCAAUCAACAACCUCCAGGAUCCAGGCCUGGAGCACCUUCAGGCGGAUUCAGGGGACAGAAGGCCCAGGGUCGGGGACUCUGUGGUGGGAAGGGCCUACUAAGUGAGUCCCAGGUGCGACUGCUGGUUGGUCUUCAUUAUCUGCCCCAUGAGCAUGGCCCGUCUGCCCAGAAACUGCUGCAGGACCUGACCUGGUUGAAAGAAAACUGCCACCUGGUCAGCGCUAACAACAAGAAGGCACCGCCUCAGAAGAUUGAUGAGUGGCGCGGUCGGGCCUCUGGAUUCCUGUCCCUGUGUGAAGACAUAGCACAGCUCCACUGCAGCGUGGUGGGCGGAGCCAAUAGGGCUGUGCUGUAUGAUCUUUAUCCUUAUGUGUGGGACCUGAGGAACACGGCUCUGGUGGCUAAAGCAUUCAUAUGCUGGCUGGAUGGACGAGUUUUAAGUGACAGCUCCACCCUGGGAACCUGGAGGAACUGCUUCCAGUGGUGUGGGAAGACCACAGGGGCAGACCUACUUGGAGUGGAGUCAGAGCCAUGGGUGUUCAAAGGAGGCGUGUCUGGAGAGGUGCAGAUGCUUCUCCCAAUAGGAAACAGCAGUGAAAUCUUCACUCAUCCUCCUCCUCUCUUCCCUACCUCUCGUCUCUAUAACAUUAGGCCCUACCACAGCAAGGACAAGGUGGAGCUGUAUCGGAUGGUGCGCCAACUCCACCUGAGGACUCAGGGUGGCCAAGAUUCCAGUGCUACUCACCCAGAUGUCAUAGGAGACAGAUGUCUCGGACCGUGCUUGGCAUUGUGCCCCGAGUACAGCUUCAUCUUGGAGGAUGAACUAGGUGUGUGCGGCUGUGUGUUGGGCAUCUUGGAUGUUCGCUCCUUUGCCAAGCGGUGCCACGCCAGCUGGCUGCCUGCCAUGAGGGACAAAUACCCACCCAAAGGGGGCAACACACACCCCAACACACAGGACUUGAUCACGCUGAUGGAGGAGGACCAGGGAGAGUACCCAGACUCUCUCCUGUAUCACUUCCCCUCUCAGCUGCGACUGGAUGCCCUGCCUGAGUUGGUAGACAUCAGCGUCAGCCGCACGCUGCUCACCGCCCUCCUCACAGCACUCAAGGCCAACGGUUCUCAGGGUGUGUUCUGCGAGGUGCAGCCGACAGACCGUCAGAGGCUGGAGUUCUUGACAAAACUGGGCUUCCUGGAGAUCCUCAGAGGAGAAGCCAGGAGCAGAGAGGGAGUGGUGCUGGGCAGGCUGCUCUGAACACAGACACUCACACAUAAACACUCAUGGUCACUCACAUAUACACACCACAAGAAACAUGUAAAGACACACUGCACCCAUCCAGUAGAUAUACACUUACACACAGAGAAAUAUGUUUGAAACACAGUGCAGCAGACGGUUAAGCUUUGCAUUCUCUCCAUCCAGAGAGAAAACCUUUUUUAAGGAACAAUUCUGGAUUCCUUUGAGACUGUGUGGCAGUAAUGGGGAUAAACCCAGAGAUUUGUGAGAGAUUUACAAAAUCUAAAAUAAGCUUGGAUUUUAAACCUUCAGCAGAGCUAUGCUAAUCAUUCUCAGAUCCCACCCCUGGCUAUGGAUUACAAGAAGUUAAAAGGAAAUCAACAACAGAAUAGUUUGAGAUGUGAGCAGAGCAGUAGAUCUCAGCAGCUACAACUUUUCCUCUGUGGCACGCAGCAUUUGCACAUGUGUAACUUUUCUGUUAAAGGGGCUAUUAUCAAUAUUCUACCAAAUACAUUACCAAAAACAGAGAGUCAAUGUUGCAUUUCCCGAGGUAGCCACAAAAACGACUUAAAAUGCAUGAUAAUGUUGCUCUGUACUCGCUGGAUGUGUAAGUAAACUGUUUGCUAACACGUUCUCUGCAUCAUCUAUAUAAGGUAAUAAUAUGUUCGCAAUGUGUUCACAGCUUGGUGGCAAAAAAUAAUUGCGUUCUUCCACAUUCAAGUGAAAAUAUGAGAAUAAACAGAUAUACAGCAGGCACAUUUUUGAGCCACUGGUGCUGUGGCAUGUAGGAUCAUAAUUCAUUAAAUACUCACUUGAAAAAUGGAUGGAGUUAAACUAUAUAGAACUUAUAUUAAUAUAAAAGAGAAGAAUUAAAAAAGGGACCAUAGGGAUACUUUUGGUACUUUUGGCAAGUACUGGAGUCUUUGAUGAUAGCUGGACUGGCUUCAAGGAUCUGCCCUGGUGAAGUGUCCUUAAGCAAGGCACUAAAUCCUUAUAAGCCUCAGAGCUAACUGUUCUGAGCUGACCUCACCUCUGACCUACCUGGAGAGGGGCAAAUGUUAAACCCAAAAAACCAAAGUGUAAAAAGCACACAUUGUAGGUGGACUGUGUUAGCUUUGGAAAGAAACAGACAAGCUAAGCUAACUACCUGCUGGCUUCAUCUACAUAUUUAACAUUUAGACAUGAGAGUGGUAUUGAUCUUCUCAUCUAACUCUACGAAUAAACGUAUUUUCCAAUAUGGCUUUUCCUUUAAGAUGACAUAAAAUGUCCCCGUCCUGUAAACAACCUGGUUUAAGCUGCUACAGUCGAUCUUGUGCUCUGCUCCAUCUGUGUUAGUUCAUAAAUGAUGACUUUUUGUCUUAACAGUUAGGAUGUUGUGUUCUAGCUCGUGUCCUGGUGGUUAAAUAGAGUCUGCCAACACCAGACUGGACCCAGGCACAAGCGUCACUGUUUACACUUGGUUUAGAUGAAUGUUUACAUGCAUGAACAACAAAAUUUUGCGUAGCUGAACACAACAUAGGAGUACAUGUAUACUGACAUCGACACAUACAUACAUUUAUAAUUUCAGUGGAAUGCUCCAACAUGGCGACAUUAAUGAAUAUUUUUUAUUGGACUUUUCUCAGCCAUUAUAGCUAUAAGGUCUUAGGAGAAACCAUGACAACAAAAUGCAAGUGCAUGCUAAAAUUCAUCAGAUAAAAAACAAGUUAUAUAUUCAGCUUCCUGUGCAUGACAACAAUCAUGCAGACAGAUAAGAUACAUUAAACACAAACACACUUAUCUGAAGUUUACACUUGGUUCUAUUGGAUGUAAUAGAUACCGCUCCGUCAUUUUACUGUCGGACACUGUAUGUGUGGUACGAGUAUGUAUGAUGUAUGUGUGGGUACUUUGUACAUGGUGUGUGUGUGUGUGUAAGUGUGUGAAAACAUACUAAUUAGGACAAGUGUCAAUCCGCCUUUAUUCUGAUUCAUAAUGCACACAAGUAUACAGGCAGACACGCGCACGUGCACACACUCGCACAGUCAUGCAAAGAAGCACAACGGCACUCGCAAUCAAAUCUUCAACUGAAAGUACGUAGAAUUACGAAUGUUCGUUUUUUUUGUAAUGCAGCUUAAAAAGUACUGUUUGUUUGUGCAAGUAUUUAUAUUUCUACUUUUUUUUCUUAUUAUGCUUGAUAAAUCACAGACUGAGAGGCACUUCUGUAUGUUUCUUCUUGUUACCAUCCUCAUCACCAUUGUCUGUGAGGUGGUUUGUGAACGAAAGAAUUUAGGCCCAAAAAAUUAAUAAAAAGAAAUAAAUAAAAGCACUGAGCUAUAAAUGCAUGAUAUAAAGAAACAUUUUAGAAAAGACGUCAUUGUUUGUGGCAGAAUGUCACUUCAUCUGUCCUGUAUGGAAAGAAGAAAAUAAUGUUUUCAAUAAUAUUUUAAUAUGUAUUUAUUUUUAUCUUUAGACUGGGGUGUAGUUUGUGUGUGAAUGUGGACAUGUGUGCGUUUGGAAAUUAGAUGUUGAUGGGCAAUAUACAUCAAAAAAUGCACACAGGCAACAUGAAGCACUGUGAAAAAAGACAGUCUAAUCAUGAACCACAUCAAAACAUCUCCACCUUUUCAUUUAAGAGGAUUUGAUAAUAAUAAUGUGAAUAGUAAUAAUAAUUCUUCAAUGAUUCAAACAGUUGACUUGAACAUCCUGGCUUAAGCACCUGACAGCUCCGUCCAUUUCAGAAAAACAUUUCCUGUUGUCUGUGUGUACUCAUUGUUUCCCUGUCUGCCUGUAUUGAGGUACAUGUACAGUCUGUUUUUACAAUGAGUCCCAAUGGAGUGCGAUGUAAUUUGUCUAUGCAGGGUCAUGAAGGGGAUAAAAUAUAAUUACCAUUGAAUUCAGUCUGUGUUUUCAUCAAUGAUAACAGUUAAACUGUCAUUUUAACAACGAAUGAUUUUAAUAAACUGACUUGUUGAUUUCAUGCCUAUUAAUAAAAUAAGUUGUUCUUUUCCUUUAAA